AUGGCAAACCCCGUCUACGCGAUCGCAGCCAUUUUGUGCGUGCUCUCCUCGGCAUUGGCUGCUCCAACCAAUGAGAAGGCACAAGAAGCGACUUGUCGGUAUCUUCCGGGAGAUGCUGGUUGGCCUACAGAUGCAGAAUGGAGCAACUUGAACAGCACAAUCGGCGGGCGACUGAUUCGGGGUACCCCUCUGGCUCAGCGCUGCUAUGGAUCUGAUUAUGACCCUGCAGCAUGCGCUGCUCUGCAGGAAGACUGGAUUGAAACGGCAACCUACUACGACAACCCCGUAAAUGUCAUGGCUCCUUACUGGCUGAACAACUCAUGUAGCCCAUUUUUGGGCAGUUUGGCGGAUGCAUACGCAACUUCCAACACUCCCAGUGUCCAAGCUCCUUCCUGCUCGUCCGGCAAUAUCGCAGUAUACGCCGUCGAUGUCAACAAUGCGGAAACCGUGGCGAAAGCGUUCAAAUUCGCGGCAGAGAAAAACAUCCGCUUAUCUAUUAAAAACACGGGACAUGACUAUAUCGGCCGAUCCAAUGGCCAGGGCUCUCUCGCACUGUGGACCCAUAACCUGAAAGCCCUCUCUUUUUUCAACUACAGUAGCGCCGAAUACACCGGACCCGCCGCCAAGGCAGGGGCCGGCGUCCAGUUUAAGGACGCUUACAAGCUAGCUGCAGAUAACGGGUUCCGUCUCACGGGUGGUUAUUGUCCUACCGUCGGCAUGGUGGGAGGAUAUGUCCAGGGUGGUGGCCACGGACCCCUUGGGGCCAGCUACGGGCUUGCUGCCGACAACGCGCUAGAGUUCGAAGUUGUUACUACCGAUGGCCGACACUUGGUAGCCUCGAAAACCAAGAACUCCGAUCUAUACUGGGCUUUGAGUGGCGGCGGAGGAGGAAACUAUGCACUAGUCCUCUCGCUGACAAUCAAAGCCCAUGUCGACGGCCCCGUUGCCGGCGCGGCCCUGUCAUUCGCCAACACCAACUCCGAUUCAUACUGGGACGCCAUCGGAGCAUUCCAGCGCCAGAUUCUUACAUGGAACCAGAUUCCGGGUCUUGCAUUGUCUUUUGGGUUUGACAACACUGCUUUCCAACUCAAUAUGGCAACCUGGCCCGGCGCCACCAAGGCAGAGAUCGAUAGGACACUGUCCCCUUUCCUCCAGCGACUUGAUACGCUCCACAUAAACGCCACAUAUAUCGCAGACGUGCAAGACACCUUCCAUGGUCAUUUUGAGGAAUACGGGUUUCCAGAUGAAAUCUACCAAACCAACAGCAGCCUAGGAGGAUGGCUCAUCUCGCCCUCAAUGGUGCAGAAUAAUCUGACCUACAUUCUCGACUCAUACAAAGCCAUUGUCACAGACCCCAGUACUUCUGUCAAGCGUAUUAGUGCUAUCUCAGGUAAUCUCUCACAUGCGCACGUUGGCAAUAAACCCGGCUCCAACGCCGUGCUGGAAGCGUGGAGGGACUCCCUCUACACCGUGAACCUUGCACAAGGAUACGCACCCGAUGCUUCUGUUUCAGAGUUACAGGCCGUCCAAGCCAAGGUUAAUAAGUGGCAAGAUUUGUUCAAGCCACUGGGAGGCGGAGCUUACAUCAACGAAGCUACAUAUGACGAUGUGGACUGGAAAAAUGAUUACUUCGGUGCAAAUUAUGACCGUUUGCUCCAGAUUAAGCACAAGUACGAUCCGAAGUUCGCUCUAUGGCAACAUACGUCGGUUGGAGCGGAUGAUUACUGGGAACUAAACGGAGCAGGAAGGCUAUGCCGUGUUUAG